CACUCGCUCUCAGACGUUUCUGACAGCCAUGCCUUCACGAGUAGCUCUAAGGCUUACCAUCGCGUUCCUGGCCAUUGCCGCCGGCGCUGCCAAUGAGGAAUAUCUGGAGGGUGAGGAAUAUAUGGAAUACGAACCAAGAGCGACUUGUUCGUAUCCCAGUCAAGUUGUCUGCAGUAAUGACUGUUCACAGGUCAACUUGUGCAUGAGCGUGGACGGCGGCCUGACACCCACAGUGGUGGAGACCUGCGACGUCAACGCCGGCCAGAGGUGCAGCUUCUCGCAGAAGACGUGCGUGGCCGAGGGCUCCUCCGACUGCCACAGCUUCGUCACCAACUUCACGUGCAACGACCCGGGCGCCUACCCCGACCCCUACGACUGCACCACGUACCACGUCUGCUUAGAGGGCGACACCACAGCGGAUUUGGGCCACUGCGAGGUCGGCUGGGCCUACAACGCGCUCACCAACGACUGCAGCCUUAAGACGACGGACCGCCCGUGCGUGGAGGGCCCCAUCGACGGCUGCACGUCACCAGCGCAGGUGGGCGUGGUGCAGGAGAACCCGGCCAUCUACUACGUCUGCAUCCGCGAGAACGGGAACCUCUUCCCGGACAUGCGCAGGUGCCACCACGGGCAGGUCUUCAACGUCACCACUGUCGGGUGCACAGACAAACAAGAAGAUUGAAGCACCGCGGCUUCUGGGUAAGAUUAAGGUCAACAAAGUACCUCUCAUCACGAUGUGGAGAUUCUGCCACAUUCACAGCCAUUGUGGACCACAAUGGCCGAAGCUGGAACUCUGAUGGUGUCUCAUAACUAGAACAUGGACAUCUACAAUGAUCAUAGACAUAAGUUCAACAUGCAUUCUUUGAGUUGUUUAUUACCACCAGCACCAAGAAAUGUAAAUAAUUUGUACAUAACUAAUCAAAAGACAAUAUAAAACGUUACAUUAAGUAA